GCAGGAUCCUCCCUCCUACCUCUUCCUAGGCCCACAGCCAGUGAGUCUGGCGCACUAAGACGCAAAGAUUCCUUAGCCGAGCGCAGGGCGAGUAGCCCAGGCUGAGGUCCGCGGCUCCUGUGGAAGUGAGCAUGGCUGGGCAGCGCCUGCUGCUUCUAGUGGGCUUCCUUCUCCCUGGGGUCCUCCUCUCAGAGGCCGCCAAAAUCCUGACAAUAUCUACACUGGGUGGAAGCCAUUACCUACUGUUGGACCGGGUGUCUCAGAUUCUUCUAGAGCAUGGUCAUAAUGUGACCAUGCUUCUUUCGAGUGAAAAGCAUUUAGCUGCAGAUACUAAAGACAAGGAAAAAUCAUACCAAGUUAUCAGGUGGUUUCCUGAAGAUUAUAGAAAAAGAAUUAAGGAGCGUUUCAAUAACUACAUAGAAAAAGCAUUGGAUGGCAGAAAAGAAUAUGAAGGCCUUGUAAAGUUAAUGGAAAUAUUUGGGACUCAAUGUAGUUAUUUGCUAAGCAGAAAGGACAUAAUGGAUUCCUUAAAUAAUGAGAACUUUGAUCUGGUAUUUGUUGAAGGAUUUGAUUUCUGUUCUUUCCUGAUUGCUGAGAAGCUUGAGAAGCCAUUUGUGGCCAUUCUUCCCACCUCAUUUGGCUCUUUGGAAUUUGGACUACCAAGCCCUUUGUCUUAUGUUCCAGUAUUCCAUUCCUUGCUGACUGAUCACAUGGACUUCUGGGGCCGAGUGAAGAAUGUUCUGAUGUUCUUUAGUUUCUGCAUGAUCCAACGGCGCAUACACUCUACAUUUGACAACACCAUCAAAGAGCAUUUCACAGAAGGCUCUAGGCCGGUUUUGUCUCAUCUUCUACAGAAAGCAGAGUUGUGGUUCGUUAACUCUGACUUUGCCUUUGAUUUUGCCCGGCCCCUGCUUCCCAACACUGUUUAUGUUGGGGGCUUGAUGGAAAAACCUAUUAAACCAGUUCCACAAGACUUGGAGAACUUCAUUGCCAACUUUGGGGAUGCUGGGUUUGUCCUUGUGGCCUUUGGCUCCACAUUGGACAUCUAUGAGUCUCAAGAAGUCCUCAAGAAUAUGCACGCUGCCUUUGCUCACCUCCCUCAAGGAGUGAUAUGGAAGUGUCAGAGUUCUCAUUGGCCUAAAGAUGUUCAUUUGGCCACAAAUGUGAAAAUCAUGGACUGGCUUCCCCAGAGUGACCUCCUGGCUCACCCCAGCAUCCGUCUUUUUGUCACUCACGGUGGGCAGAACAGCAUAAUGGAGGCCAUUAGGCAUGGUGUGCCCAUGGUAGGAUUACCAGUCAAUGGAGACCAGCAUGGAAACAUGGUCCGAGUAGUGGCCAAAAAUUAUGGUGUCGUUAUGCAGUUGAAUCAAGUCACAGCUGACACACUGGCACUUAAGAUGAAACAAGUCAUAGAAGACAAGAGGUACAAGUCGGCAGUGGUGGCAGGCAGUGUUAUCCUGCACUCUCAGCCCCUGAGCGCCAAACAGCGGCUGGUGGGCUGGAUCGACCACAUCCUCCAGACUGGGGGCGCGGCGCACCUCAAGCCCUAUGCCUUCCAGCAGCCUUGGCAUGAGCAGUACCUCAUUGACGUCUUUGUGUUUCUGCUGGGGCUCACUCUAGGCAUUGUGUGGCUUUGUUGGAAGCUGCUGGGUAUGGUGGCCAGGUGGCUGUAUGGGGUCAGGAAAGUGAAGAUGACAUGAGGCUAGGUGCAGCCUUGAGUGAAGGGAGGGGGUCUCUGGUGCUUUGAAGGUUCUCCCCACUCUGGCACAGGCCACUCCUGUGUUUCUCUUUAGCUUCAGCUGCCAAUGGUCCUGCAACUUGCUUCUUUCUAUUAUCUGCCUCUGUUUAGAAAUCUUCACGCACUACUCAGGCUUCUUGACUUGCCCCUUGUGACUUGGAGCCCCUAAAUCAGAUACAAACCUUCACCUGCCAGUCCUGCAUCCUCCUUUCUCCCUUUUUCUAGAGACAGGACUUUGACAACUUCAUCCUUCUUGUUUAGAUGACUUCUCAGUCUCCAGUCCCCAUUUCUCCUUCUAUCAUUUUUCAUAAAAAACAGAAAAUAUUUGACGUAUCUUCCAUUUCAAAUGCUUUCAUUUUAUGCAUAUAUCUUGCUCUUCCUAUAAGUUCUCAAAGCUCAAGAAGCUUGGUCUGCUCUCCUGCAUUUAGACAGAGAGAGCCCCUGCUAAGACCUUUGCUCACUGCCUGAGACCCCUUCUCUGGAGAGCACCUCCUUUGCUGGUCAGACACGGAGACUGCAGUUGGUCCCAGCUGAUACUGCUUCAUUUCAGUUUUUGCAGUUUCCUUCUUAAGAUUCCCAUCUUAUAAAUGGAUUUCAGGGAACCUCAAGCAGCGAAGUGGAAACCCGUGUGUAAGGCGUUGUGGCCUCAGGUAGAGUGGCUAAGGUAGUUUUAAAGACUUUGUUGAUUUAAGAAAAAUUCUAUCUUCUAUUCCCUACAUGGCAGUUAAUAUCCUUAUAGGUGGUAAAACCUUAGAGAUUACAUUAAUCUGCUAGGGACAGAAGCAAGAAAAACCAUGGCAUAAACACACGCAGAGUUUUUGUUUGUUUCAUCUUUCUUGAUCAAGCCCAAAGGUAGCCUGUUCAGGGCUGGUGUGGUUGGUCGCUUCAUCGUGUCAUCAAUAGCCCAUAUUUUUUCUUUUUGAUCUUCCUUAGUGUAAUAUGAAACUACCUCUCUAAUAGCUGGUGCUCAUGAAAUAUUUUACCUUCAAAUGAUUGUACCUUUUUAUUUGCUUUAGCAUUCUGAAAUAAAAUAAAAUUCCAUUGUAAUGAAACUGUGAAAUGCA